AUGCUUUUCUCAUUACUCUCUGUGGCAACUUUAGCUAUUUCAUCUAGCUAUGGAUAUAUGAAUGAUGGAACACAACAAAAUGUUGGUGAAUAUGUCUCACCAUAUGAUAAUGAUCCAACAAUACAAUCACAUAAUUUGAAUUUUUACAAUUCUUAUGUUCAAACUCAUCCAUAUCAACCAAAUUUUCAUCAUGAUCAUAUUGAAGAACCACUUCAUGAUGAUCUUUAUGAUCACAUUGAUUUUCAUCAUUUUCCAGGAAACUUUAAUUUUGGACAUUUUGGAAUUCAUGCACCACCACCAAAAUCUCCAUAUGAAUUUUGUUUUAGACCAAUUUAUUUGCCUAUUGUUAGAUCAAAUCAUCAUUUUGUUAACUUCUGUGCAAAAUAUGCAAGACAUAUUAAUCGUGCUCCACAACACCCAAAAACUCCAAUAGACAUGGAUGUAGUAGAAGGUUCAGGAAUGGAUGGAAUUUUAUAA